AUGCUGGCUACCAGGACUUUGCUGUCAAAACAAACCCUGGCUGUUCUUUCUCGUCAGCCCGCCUGCUUUGUUCACCACGGUGACUACGGCAACUGGGGAAACACCAAUAUUGCAGUGGUUUUCUCAGGAUGUGGCUGGUGGGAUGGGACUGAUGUCCAUGAGGGAGUGUACACCAUGUACCACCUGAGCCGUAACGGCGCUCGCUUCCAGAUGUUUGCUCCAAAUCAACAGCAGAUGCAAGUGAUGGACCACGUGAGGAAGCAGCCCGGCUCUGGCGAGAACCGGAACAUGAUGAUCGAGGCAGCUCGCUUCAGCCACGGUCAAGGAAUGAUGCAAAUGCAAGACCUGUCCAAGCUGGACGUCAACAGCUUUGAUGCUGUCAUCUUCCCUGGAGGCCACGGCGUCACCAAGAAUCUAUCCUCUUUCGUGAAGGACGGCAAAGACUGCAAGCUGAACAACGACGUGGAAAGGGUGCUUAAGGAUUUCCACCGCUCACGCAAGCCUAUUGGACUGGCCAGCAUGGCGCCUUUGCUGGCCUGCCGCGUCCUUCCCGGCCUCGAGGUGACCAUGGGAUACGAGCGGGACGAGAGCACUCGCUGGGGCACCUGGCCUAACACAAGCAUGGUGCAGGCUGUGAAGAGCAUGGGCGCUCGCCACAAUGGUCGCGAGCCAUAUGAGGCCCAUGUGGACGAGAAGAACAAGGUGGUCAGCACUCCUACCUUCAUGUGGGAAACUGAGUAUCACUAUCACUAUAUCUUUGAUGGUAUUGGAAAUAUGGUCAAACAUGUCAUGCGUAUGUCAACCAAGUAAAGUGACAUUUUAAGCCUGGAAGAAAAAAAAAAAAAGAAAUAGAGAAAGUUGGUGUUUAUGUUCGACAUACACCUCUGUACUGAUGACUCCUUACCUGGAACAAUAUAAAUGCUUUAGUUAAAGAGCAAACGGCUUGUCGUGUGUAAUUGAUGCUAUCGGUUAAUAUAGGCAAACGUGACACGUAUAAUAGGUUUGCCACAUUAUCUGUUUGUCCAGAUAACAUAUGCAGAGAGCACGCGGGUCACCAUCUACCUACCUCGACCCGAGACAGAGUUUCUUUACUUUCCUGUUAAAUCUCUUCUCCAAAGUCCUUGAAAUAAACGAGACCUGU